GUGGAAGAAGUCAUCUUGGCAAGAAACGUCUAUCUAGAAAGAGGGAUUGCUCAGGAGGUCAAGUUCGUUUCGACAGGUAGUUUUUGGGAGUAAUCGCUAGCCUGGUGUGAGUAUGAGACAGGCAGAGUCUGAUGAUGGACCACGUCAAGAAGAUCCUCUUAUCAGCCCAACUAAAAAUUGAGCUCAGGCCCCGCGUCUGGCCUCGCGGAGCGGAAGGAUGCCUGCCAUCUGCUCCCCCGCGGAUUGCCUCGGAGGCGAGCAGAGGUCGCCAAGACAGCAGCAGACAGGAUAGGAGAGAUAGGACGUGCUUCGCUUCAGUCGAGUGUCUUGUCAGGCAAGUCGGACCGCUCGUCGACACGUUUAGACAGAGCAUGAGGCGGAAUGAGGAGGGAGUGGUACGUGGCGGGGCGACAGCGGCGGGACGGGCGGACAGCAACACCAGAUCUUCCUGCCCAGGCCCGGGGAAGGCAUCGUGCUCUCGUCUGGAAUUAUCGAGCGACGACUCGACGAGGAUACGGAAAGUCUCCCAAGAUGUCAGCAAGCUGCAAAUGUGCUCUUCGCGGUUGGGCCACUUCACCCGCAAGUCGCUCAAGUCGUGUCAGAUAGUCAUUCUUCCCACAAGCGCGGCGCACUAUUUCCUGGUCUCUCGGUAGGUGGGAUGUUUCAAGUUCUAUUGAUGAUGACAGCAGAAAGCUAGAUCCAAGAGGAGUUGCC